AACGAUGAAACAGAGAGGUUCGGACAAUUUCGUAGUUGCAGAGUCAUGGUAGCUCCGCUGACUCUACCAAGUCAUCCUCUCUUCCGCAUUCGUUAGCUUCAGUUCAUCUUUCUCUCGGUCAAACACAGAAACUUGAGACACCAACCAGUUCUGUUGCUGUCGGGAAGUCAACAAUGUCUCCGAGCAACAAAGAAACGGUCUUGACUCUGUUUCUAGCGUUGACUAUGGUGGUCAACGUUGCCUCAUCGAGAUUCUUCGUGGAGAAGAGCAGCGUGACGGUCCUUAACUCCUGGGAAAUGAAAGCUAAGCACGACGCAGCCAUCGCAAACUUUGGCAUCCCAAGUCACGGCGGUUUCAUGAUCGGCUCCGCCGUGUACGCAGGCCAAGGCGCUUACGGAUGCCAUCCGUUGAACAAUACCUUCAAGCCCAAGUCUCCUUAUCCGACCAUCCUCAUCAUUGACCGUGGAGUGUGUAACUAUGUUUUGAAGAUAUGGAACGGGCAACAAGCCGGUGCAGCAGCUGUUCUGUUAGCAGAUAACAUUGUUGAGCCAUUGAUAGCAAUGGACUCACCAGAGGAAUCUCAACAUGAAGAUCUUGGCUUUACAGCAAAAAUCAAGAUCCCAUCAGCUUUGAUCCUUAGCUCUUUCGGAGAUAGCCUCAAGAAAGCUCUUAACAAAGGCGAAGAAGUAGUUCUGAAGAUAGACUGGAGUGAGUCAAUACCAAACCCUGAUGAGAGAGUUGAGUAUGAGCUGUGGGCUAACACUAAUGACGAAUGUGGUGUGCACUGCAACGAACAGAUGAGUUUCAUGAGAAACUUCAAAGGAACGGCUCAGAUUCUUGAAAAAGGUGGUCACGCUUUGUUCACACCUCAUUACAUUUCUUGGUUUUGUCCCCAAGAGCUUCGACGUAGCAGGCAGUGUAAGAGUCAGUGUAUAAACCAAGGGAGGUACUGUGCUCCUGACCCUGAGCUGGACUAUGAAGAUGGAUAUAAUGGGAAAGACGUUGUUUAUGAGAAUCUGAGACAGUUGUGUGUUCACAAAGUAGCUAAGGAGAAGAAUAGUUCUUGGGUGUGGUGGGAUUAUGUGACAGAUUUUAACAUAAGGUGUUCUAUGAAGGAGAAGAAAUAUAGUAAAGAAUGUGCAGAGACUGUUGUGAAAUCUUUCGGUUUGUCUCUUGAGAAGAUCAAGAAAUGCAUUGGUGAUACUGAUGCUGAUGUGGAGAAUGAAGUCCUAAAAGCUGAGCAAGCUUUUCAGCACCAGUUAGGCCAAGAGAAGCGUGGAGUUGUCACAAUCUUUCCGACAUUGAUCAUCAACAAUGCUCAAUACCGCGGUAAACUAGAGAGAACCUUGGUCCUAAAGGCUAUAUGUUCAGGAUACAAGGAGGGAACCGAACCAUUGAUAUGUUUGAGUGCAGAUAUAGAGACCAAUGAAUGUCUUGUGGCAAAUGGUGGGUGUUGGCAAGAUACAACAUCUAAUGUAACGGCUUGCAAGGACACAUUUAGAGGAAGAGUAUGUGAGUGCCCAGUUGUCAAUGGUGUUCUAUAUAAAGGAAAUGGUUAUACCUUCUGCAAGCCUUAUGGACCUGCGAGAUGUUCGAUGAAUCAAGGAGGCUGCUGGUCUGAAACUAAGAAUGGUCUAACUUCCUCUGCUUGUUUGAACUCAGAGACAUCAGGAUGUCGUUGUCCUCUAGGCUUCCAUGGAGAUGGUCUGAAAUGCGAAGACAUUGAUGAAUGCAAAGAAAAACCAGCUUGUCAGUGUGAUGACUGCAAAUGCAAGAACAAUUGGGGAGGAUAUGAAUGUGAAUGCUCCAAUAAUGGUCUCUAUAUGAAAGAACAAGAUACUUGUAUUGAGAGAAGAAGUGGAUCACGAAGCAGAUGGUUCUUCAUAAUUGUGGUUGUAACCGCCGUUACAUGCAUCUUCUUAACUUCUUAUAUAUUCUACAAGUACCAUCUUCAGUCUUAUAUGGACUCAGAGAUAGUGUCUAUAAUGUCUCAGUACAUACCACUCGAUAGCCAAAACAUUAAUGAAGACCCGAACCAGAUAUGACAUCUAGUGGUCAGUAAUGAAGACUGCUGAAUCUUGGUUGGAAUAUUGUAUAACCGGGUAAAGAGGUGUUCUUUUUGUCAAGAAUCAAAAAUUUUGAGGCGUCAAUCUAUUUUUCUGAAAGUUAUUAGUUACUCAAAUAAAAAAAAAUAAAAAAUAUAUGCUUUCAUUGAGAGUUGAACUCAAGACCUCCCGCUUACUAAACGGGUGCUCUAACCAACUGAGCUAUGAAAGCCUUUGAAUACUGUAGGCACCAUAGGUUUUUCAAUCCUGUUUCAUAAAGGUGGUCUUACCAACUAAGCUACUGUUCUGUUUUAUGUUUUGGAUCAAAAGUCCUCGUCCUUAUGUGUUUAUACCUUUGCAUGAUUAUCGCCGUAUGUUAUAUUGGGUAUCAGAAUAAAUGAGCAAUUAAAGAAAAGAAAAAAUGGCAAUUAUCACUUAAAACGUAUCUUAAUUAAAUGACACAAGACACGGAUGCUAUUUGCCACGCGUCGCAUUAUAGCGCAUUUGGGAGGAGAAAACGAGGGGAGCAAAGAUCAGUUUCAUCUCAUCGACGAAGUCAAGCAAAUCAGUCGGUUCCUCUCCUUCUCUACUCCGAAUCAAAUCUCCGGUUCAUCUCCUACUCGACGACGAAUGAAAUCGACGGCUGCUCUCCUUCUCGAAGAGGAAUAAAAUCGAGGCCUUCUCUCCAACUCGAAGACGAAUCAAAUAAGAGGUGGCUCUGUUCGUGGACGAGGAAUCAACUCAUCGGAGACCAAUUUACUCUCCGGCGGUUCCGAGACCGCAAGCUUGAGAGCCGAAGACGACGCAUCAGUUUAACUUCAACUCGCAGAAAGGUCACGAGAGAUUAGGAAGGUUUGUGAUAAACAAGGACGAUCAGAGAUGGAUCAUGAGAGAUGAGCAAGGCUGAUCAUAAACAAAGACGACACGAGCAAUACAUGUCAGUUCAAUGUCACGGGAGUGAAGCCUUGUGGGAGUGAAGUCACGGAGUGUAGUCAUGUGUCUGUCAUGUGUAGUCUUGUUUGUGUCUGGAGAAUUGCUUGUUGUUAUGUGUCACGUUUUGUUUGUGUCUGUCAUGUGUCACGUUUUGUUUGCUUUGUGUCAUGUUUUGUUUUGUUUGUCUUGUGUGUGUAUGUGUCACAAGAAAGUUAAACAAAACAAUUAUCUAUUUCUAUAUAAAGUUCAUCUCGUCU